AUGCCCGAGGAGGAAGAGUCGACGCUCAAGCUGCCACUGGUAGAGGAAGAACUGGUUUGCAGCCUGGAGACGGGGUCAGUACAGUGUCCCUCAUCGCUACGUCUCACAGGGCGGAUAAAAUCCCUAUCUCGUCCACUCACAGUUGUACCACCACGUCACCGGGCUGAGGUGUCGGAGCAAGAGGCGAAGCGUGAUGAGAAAUUGCGACUUGAAGCCGAACAACGCUAA